UAGGGCUGAUGUCACUGAACCGAGUGCAUUUAGGAUGCGCAUCUCUAGAUUCACUUCAUUUGGAAACAGAUACAUAUAUAUAUAUUAAAAAAAAAGAAUGGAUCAAAGGCAUUUUUCUUCCUAAAUAAUUUGGGUGUCUCUUUCCUCUGUUCUAGUCAAUAUAUGAGAGUAGUUCAUAAAUUAGUUGAGCUGGAGUUGCCAAACUUGGCUGUAUAUCUGAGCAGUCUGGAUGGGAAGCCUUUGCAACUGAUAUUGUCCUCGAGCAGCUGAUCAUCAGAGCGUUUCCUUCCCCUACCCAACCCAGCAAAAUGACCACAUCCAGCAGGCAGAGCUCUUCUACAUCUAUGGUCAACAACUUGGCCAAAAUAUUCGAUCCAAAUGCUUUGCAAAACCAAAGGCCUGAUAACGGAAUGGACCCCCCCCAAAUUCUUCAUGUUGCAAGCAGUGAUGUCAGCACAUCUGAAAGUUUUAACAUCAUGGAUAUGAAGUUUGCCUCCCUUGAACAGAAAAUAGACAAGCUGUUGACUCUGCAAGACAAUGUCCUUAAGAAGCUUAACAGUGUUUCCCAAGACAUCUGUUGCAUUGAAAAAGACAUUGAGAUUGCAAAGGCGGAAACAUCUGAACCUGGAUCAAGGAUGGAAAGAAACAAAAGUCUGAGAAGUAAUGAAAUGAAGAGGCUUUGCCUUAGAAUGGAAAAAUCUCUUUCUGAUAUAAACAGGAAUGCAGAGCGGCAGGUUAAAAGACUGGAUGGACUGGAACAAAGUGUUUCUGGACUACAGAAGUUUGUAGGGCCUCUGGUUGAGAUGGUUAAAACAUUAGUAAUUCAUAAUUCAAGUGUAAAACACCAUGUUCAAAAACGUAAACUUUGCAAGGCAGGUGAUUAUACAAAAGAAGCUGGACAUCUUUUUAGGAUGCACAUUUUCUCAGAGACAACAGCUGAUGCCCUGCUCAGGAAGAAAAGUGAAAAGGUCAUCAAAGAGAAGUCACAUUUGAAUGAGACAGGAACAAAAAAGAAGAAGCCACCAGAUUCAACAGAGGGGGCCAUCCAGAAGAACCAGUCCUGCUCUCAGGAAGAAGUUGAUAAGCUCAACAAGGAAAAUGCCGAGAGGGAAAGUUCUGUUCUGCUGCAAAUGGAUCCUCCCAAAUUUCAUACUGAAGGGCCAGAGGAGAAAGGAGAAAGUUUGGCUUUCGAAAGCUAUUACAAAUACAGGAGAAGCUCUGUUCAGAAAUCCUUCACUACAGAAAAGCAGCAAGAAGAAGAUGCUGUUGAUGAUGCUUGUCAAAGGAUAACUGGGCAGGAGAGAGAGAGUGAGUCCCCAGGAGAUGGGGAGAGGAAGGAGGAACAUCAUGUGUCUGGAGAUGAAAGACAAGAGGAGAGGGAGAAUGAAGGGGAGGGAAAUGCUAAUAAGAGUGAAAAAGAAGUUGAGGAACCACCAGAUCCUUCCCAAAAUGAAGAUGAGGCAGGACAAAGCCAUGAUCAAGAGGCACAAGAGGGAAGGUGUAAAGGCUGCGAAAAAGAUGAUAGUCCUACUCCACCAGCACCAUUUGAUCACCGGAUUGUCUCAGCCAAAAGGGUGGGGAUCAGCAGUUAUUAUAAUGUCAGCGAGAAUGAAAUCCUGGGAGGAGGGCGAUUUGGUCAAGUGCACAAAUGUGAAGAGAAAGCAACAGGUCUCAAGCUAGCAGCCAAAAUUAUAAAAGCAAAAGAUCCUAAACAGAAGGAUGAAGUAAAGAAUGAAAUCAAUGUCAUGAACCAGCUGAAUCACGUGAACCUCAUCCAGCUAUAUGAUGCCUUUGAAUCAAAAAAUGACAUUGUACUAGUCAUGGAAUAUGUGGAAGGAGGAGAGUUAUUUGAUCGAAUUAUUGAUGAAAACUGCAAUUUGACAGAGAUGGAUACUAUCUUGUUCAUAAAACAGAUCUGCGAGGGAAUUCAGUACAUGCACCAAAUGUACAUUCUUCAUUUGGAUCUCAAGCCUGAGAAUAUCCUGUGUGUGAACCGAAGAACAAAUCAAAUAAAAAUUAUUGAUUUUGGAUUGGCAAGAAGAUAUAAACCCAGGGAAAAACUUCGAGUUAACUUUGGGACUCCAGAAUUUCUUGCUCCUGAAGUUGUGAAUUAUGAGUUUGUCUCCUUUCCUACAGACAUGUGGAGUGUAGGUGUCAUCGCUUAUAUGCUCCUCAGUGGAUUGUCUCCUUUUUUGGGUGAUGAUGACAAUGAGACCCUCAACAAUAUCCUGUCCUGUAGCUGGGAUUUUGAAGAUGAGGAGUUUCGAGGUGUUUCUGAUCAGGCCAAAGAUUUCAUCUCAAAGCUUCUCAUCAAGGAAAAAUGCUGGAGAAUAAGUGCAACUGCUGCCUUAAAACACCCGUGGUUAUCAGACCACAAGCUCCACUGCAGACUCCAGAAAAAGGCUAAAGAUGUGUCCCAAGCACCCCCGGCUCAAUAACUUCUCUGAAAGAGCUGCCAAAUGGAAGAAAAGCUGCUGUGUGGUUACUGCUGCUAAGAGAUUUGAAAAUAUCAGCAGUCUUGGUGCUUUACCCCCUUGCCAUGACCGAGACUUCUAAAUGGACCAACAGCACUUUAGCUGCAGGACAAGUCCCAGCAUUGCUGAGCUGCUGCUUCUCUAUUCAGCUGUUGAAAGAAGGAAAGUAUUUCUCCAGGUUGCAGGAAGGUGUUUCUUCUGGAGCACCAUGUUCUCCAUGUCUGGGAGUGCUACAUUAGCUUGGAUUCAUAACAAACCUUUCUCUAUCUUGUCUUACAUCCUCAUUUACUUAUCAAAGACUCCUUAAGGUUCAAAUUAUCAGGUUAAAUUGACUGUUUCUCAUCUCAGCCCAGAAGGCAGUCUGUCACUGUGUUAUAUCUGUAGCCAAGGUUGAUUUGACACUGGAGUAAAAUAAUUUAAAAAACAAAAAUUGCAGCCAAUUUAAAGCUGCCUUAUGUAGAAGAUUUGAAGUUUGUUUUUCCUGUCACACUAAAAUGAGCUAAGAAUUAGCUUGACCAAAGUUAAAGCCAUGUUAAUGUAACACCAGUGGCAGAGGGAAAUGAGGCUUUCCUUGCACGUAGGUGAAUUUGCUGCAAACGUGAUAUGAUACAUUUUAGGACUUUUUAGCCUGAUGAAUUACUGUUCGUUUUAAAUACACUUGGAUUAAUUAAACAAGAAAGAAAACAAGGCACUAUUCACUUGUACCCAUGCAGACUCUGUUCUCUAGUGUGCAAGUAUAAUUCAGAGUUGUUUUAACAGAGGGUGAUUUUACACCAACUAAUUUGUUUAAUGCUAAUAGGACUGAUUAAGACCAUUGGCAAAGAAGAGAAUCAGACCUCUGUUCAUUAUAACCUCUGGGUACAGGCCCAAAUGAAAAUCCUCUGUUUUUCUAAAGUUUUCUUUUCUUAUCUUGCUCCCAAGCCUUUCUGAUUCUUAACUAGAUAAAAAACUGGGAGUCAGAACAGCUGAAUUCUUUACCUGAGGUUGUUUGAGUAUGGCUCAUCAUUAAGUGAAUGAGUCUUAGUUGCCUAGGCUGUGAGGUUAAAAUAAUGAGAUUUAUUCCCUGCUGUAUAUGGCUUUCUGACUGCUUGGUUUCCGAACUACAUAAAUGCAAAGUAUAGUGAGUAUUUUAUUCAAUAAUGCUGACAUAUUGUGGUGCCUUUUGAUUUUCUUUGAUUAAUCCAGUUCUGAUCAAACUACAUAUUAACAUAGCUAUCUCUAUAUAUUUAUCUAUACAUUUGAUAUCUAUUUAUAUUUAAAUUAUGGGUUUUUUUAAAGGGGAUCAACAUAAAGACAAAACAGUAUUAUUCAUCACCACCCAAUGAAUUGUUUUUCAUACCUUUGUCCUUUCUGGAUAGCAUUCAUAUUGGAAUAAAAGGGGCCCAUUAAUGGGACAUCAUGGCCACCACGUUCUCAACAGCCAGUUUGAUCUAAUGUUUUAAAGCCAUUGUAGUAGAUCUCUUAAGACUGCUCCUGUAAAUGAAUAGGGCUUCUUACAGCUGUGAAAUCUGAGAAAUACUGAUGUGUUGUACUAGUUGUUGCAAAUACAUGAGACCCAUUACUGCUAUCACACAAUGACUCACCAUGUAACUAUGAUACCAUGUAGAGCACUGCCACCUUCAAAUCCUUAUCUGUAGUCUUAACUAAACUAAACUUUGACUAGCAGAAAUGGAAGUUUCUUUGGGAAAAGACUAAGCAAUCUCAAAGCAAGAAAACGAGCAUGUGACUUUUAGAUAGAAACUGGGCUGCUUAUUUUUAGUCACCAUUUAGGUUUGCCUGUGCAAAAAAAAGCUACCUUUCUGUUAGGGCUGGAGUUCCCACUCCUGUUCUGACUGCCUUCAAGAUAUUGUAGAUUUUUGUACAGUAAACAACUCAAUGAUCAGAAUAAAAUGCAGCAGACCACUUUGGAAUGACAAGAUCUCAUUAUGCACUUUAGUGCCAGUAUUGUAGGAUUGGGUUGGGGUUUUGUUUUUCCUGUGGUAGAUUUUACAUGGGAAUGAAUAAAUUGCAUGUCAUUUUGAAUCUUAUUAACUAUACUAAAAUAACAGUGUGACUACAGUCUUAUCUGCUUUGUUGCUCAGUUGAAUUAAGAGGAUUUAUCAUCUGUGGAUGUAGACAUCUGAGUAGUAAUUAAGAGCUUAGUGCCAUAAAGGUCAGCCCUGUGUUAGAGUGUGUUGCGCUGAGUCAACCGCAAGUCUGCCAGGAGCCGUAGGAGAACGUGGCCUCUGUUAUGCACAUCCACAGAGUUCAUCCGUACAGCGCUCUGUCAGAAAUACGCACACGUGAAUUACUAGGGAGGGUGGAAGAGCUUGACAUAUCUCACAUGCUUUGGGAGGCUAGGCCCUUUCAGAAGGCAUGAGUUGAGGAGGGGGCACCUCACUAGCCCCUUGCUUGUGCAACAAGGCAGUGUGCUAAUAUACUCAAGGGAUUUAACUCAUUCUUACUAACAUGGAUAAUGAUGGUCACACUCUUGAGUCUUAUCUGUAAACUGCUGCUCUGUUUCAUCCUUGGAACAGCUCCUGUAGUGAGGGAUGAGGUUGAGGUGGGGACAGUUGGAGGAGGUUGGACUGAGCGAGUCUCUACCGUGACUGAGGGUGCCAUUUGGUGCCCGGGGUUAAGCACAAGCGUGGGCCUGCAGUGUCCUGCGGAGGAGGAGAAAAUCCCAAGUGUACUUCUUGUUAUUGCCCCAUAGACUCUAGCUCUGCAGCACCGAGUCAAAAGGGAGGCACAUUACCAAGAUCAUUAUCGUUAUCAAGGGUAAAAAAAUUAUACUGCUGUGUAAUUAUCACACGUAGAGCGUUGUGCCUGAGAAAAAUGUCUCCAGAGAUGUAUGUUUGUAUCUUUUCUGGCUGUUGUAAUUUUAGUUAAAUAAUAACUUGAGACAGCUUCUUUUUAGUGGCUUUCUAAUCCUGUCUCAUUGCACUUUGAGCAGCAUGCUGUUCUGUGUGUGUGUGUGCAUGCAAGUUUGAUUUUGAUUCUGUUUUCCUUAAAUACAUUCUGUAAUGACUAAUAGCUAGAGACUGCUAUAUUAAAUUAUUGUUUUGACACAGCAUUAUUUAUUUUCUACUAGGUAAUAAGUCGACUAGGUUCUAAUAAGUCAACUGCAUCUAUGUGAGUUUGCUUAUUAUAAUUUUUGUUGCGUAUUGGUUUAAGCAAUUGCAUUUGGAAACUGUGAAUUACUGUGCUUGAGAGCAGGUUCGGGUGUGAAAGGCACUGUACUAGCUGUUGUUACUCCAUUUAGCUGUAUACCCACAGGCAGUCAGAGAUGGCUGCAGGUACUGCAAGAGUGAUAUAGAAACAUCAGUUGUGGUGGAAGGGAUGAAGUGUCAAGAUGUAGUAUUUGGUCUGUGUACACCAUUGUAUUCUUCCUGACAUGUGAAAAUUAAAGGCCAUAUCAUGGGAACAUAGUGAUUUAUACUAGGUGAUGAUUUGACCCCCAGGUUUGCAUACAGACUCCCUGCUGGACUGCAAAAAGGCAGAGGGCUUUCUGUUUGGAAAGGCGGCUUUAGCAGGAAUGUUAGGUAGGGGCUGUUCUGCAGGGACGACCUGAGGGAUGUCACUGGAAGUUGAAGGCACUCUGUAACUGACAGAUUUUCCUGGGGUCUUAGAUGUAACUGUACUCAGAAAAGCACGACUUUAUUUGUCAGGCACUGAAAGACAGCUAUCACCUGGUGCUUAUAAGAAUUAGGAUGCUGUUAUUCCCGUUUCUAUAGAUGCAGCGCAGCUAGAGAAAAUCUCAGAGAGUUUUGCCCAAGACAUACUAGUGUAGUCUCACAUUAGCAUCAGGAUUAGAAGCAAAUUUAUUUGGCUCAAGGUGGGACACUAGUGGCUUUCCAUUUCUUUUCACAUGUUGAACAUCCUGGAGGCUAUGAAAUGGGUAAAAACCUUUAAUGCAGAAAGAUGUCCAUACUAUCAUAUCCAUGUUUGUGAGCACCUGCAGCCGGUCGCUCCCCUGAGUACCCUCUCAGCAUAAGCAGCUGGCAAUCUGUGAUAAUCCACUCAGGAGAUUAUUACAACAGAAGCUACUUCUUAAUUUCUUUUUCAUAUUCCUUCUAAUGUCAGUAGCUGAAUAAAGUUAAAGCCUAAGCUAAAUUCUGCUAUAACUUGAUACCAACCAGGAAUAACAGUGCAGCUCCACAGAAUUAAAUAAGGGAAGCGCUUGGCCCACCUUUUGUGAUGUGAGUAGCACAAGAGCCCAGUUUAACCCCACCACCACCAAAAAAAUCUACUUUGCACCAGUCCUAACCAGUAAAAAUAAAAAGAACCUUAAUUUUUUAACAGUUAAGGAACCUCAAUCAAGACACAGUUUUUCUGCGGUGGUUAAAUUGCUGCAGUAAGAGUCAAGGUAUUUUAGCAUCUUCAAUUUAAUGCUGACAUUACAAAUCGCUGACAGCCUUUUUCAGCAAAGUGCCCCCCACCAGCAGGAGUUGUGAGAAAAGCAGGUGUUUGUCAGCCCUUCUCCACUGAUGGGGACCUGAAAACAUCCCAUCCCCUUCCCCUGGCCCCACCAGUAAGCAGGGCAACUCUUAGCUUGUGGACUCAAUAUGUGACAACGAUUGAAGUUUUGCUUAGUGUCAAACCCACAGCAGUGAUGGAUGAAUGAGCACCGAUGCUCCAAACUCCUUCCAGGAGGGUGCCGCAUCUUCACAUACUACUUUUAUCAUUGCCGACAGAUACUUGUCCUUGUGUCUGGUGUGACUAAAACUAAACACUGCAUGAAUCCGUUUAGGGACGUUAGACUGUUUCACCUUCCGUGAAGGCUUGAUAGCUGAACAACUAACUACCUGUUUCAAAUCUUAGAUGAAGACUGGUAGAAAUAAUGCUUUGUAAAUAUGUUGUUUAGCUAAGUCUGUAGAGUUAGUGAUCACAUUUUGGUGCGGCAGAAAUAAUGUUUGUGUACCCCACAGCAACUUCUCUUAAAUUUAGAUGAUAGGCAUGUGAGAACUAAAUUAUGAAGCACUUGGAUUUUCAUGUACCAUACCACUUUGGCUUGCAUAUCUGAUUUUGUAGAUUAACUCAUGUAUCUCUGGAUGUGUUCUUCUGUGAAAAACAUGAAGCAAUCUUGUAAAAAGAUGACCGAGGAAUAAACGCUGAUUUUGUUUACUCCA